AUGUGUUACUUGAAGGUAAGUAUUUUCUAUGUUUAUCGUGAUAACCUUGAUUUUUUAAUUUUAAUUGAAGGAAUAUGUCAACGAGAAUUAAAAUUGCUUUUUAAACAUAUUCAUCAACAAAAAUUCUCAAAUCUUCUUUCACUCGCUUCAAUGAUACGUAAUUUUCAAUAUGGUAGUAAGGAAUCAUCUCCAUCAAAUACAUUUAAUCUCUCGUCUGAGGACAACGAGGUGAAAUUUCGUGCAUCAGCAAGUGAAAUGUUAGUUCUUUUUAAAUACAUUCCAAUCAUUUUUUAUCAAGCUCGUCUUAUUGAAUUACUAUCUGCAUCAUUAUGUUGGCUUUCAUUUCUUUUACUUCGUGAAAUAGUUUCUAUUUCAUUUGCUUCUGAAAUUGACAUGAUGACUAUUGAAAAUCUUGAAAAGCUUGUUACUCAUUAUUUACUUACAUUUGAUAAUGCUUAUGGUUACGCCCAAAGAAUUCCAAAACAUCAUUUGUUAGUUCAUUUCGGUGCACAGAUGAGCCGAUUUGGGCCAUUAAGAUUUACUAGUUGCAUGGAAUAUUUAAUGCAACAAUGUCUAUUAGAAUGUACACCGAUGUUUUUUCAGAUGUCAUUUUUACUUACUGGUCUUGUUCAAUUCGGUGAUGAAACAGAAAUGGUCGACAUUUAUGUUGGCUCUAGUUUAGCUGAUGUACAUGCUCAAUUAGUGGCACCAUUUGAUUUAGAUCCGAAUCAAUGUAUCAUUCAAGACAAUUUACGUGAAUUACCACCUCUUCCAUUAUCACAUAUGUUACCAUCUUUUCCAAUUCAAAUAAAAUCUGCAGUUGCUUCAGGUAAUGAUCUUCUUAUUCGAAAACUAUCUCGUCGAAUACGUGACCUUCGGAGUCAAAUUAAAAGAAAUUCUUAUAAAAGACCAAGAUUUCUUGAUUGGGAUAGCAAUCGAUAUACAGAAAAUGUAAGUCAAACAGAUUCACCAGUUAUUGAUCCAACAACGAUUGCUGAUUCAAGUCAAUUAAAAGAAUUUAUUACAAAAUUGAAUGAUGCAUUUGACAACAAUCAAAUGACGAAAGGCACAACAACUCAAAUAAUUAUCGAGUCUUUUCGUCUUCGUCGUUGCUAUUUACAAUUUGGUCAAAGCACGCAAAAAAUUUUAAACGAAAUGCGCUUUUCACAACACAUUGCAUUUAUAAAAUUGGAAUUUGAACUUAUUACUAAAGUGUCGUUAUUAGUUGCUACGCAACGAAUUCGGAAAUUUCUAGAUAAUAUUAUUUCAUAUGAAAUGUAUGGUCAAUUACCAGAUGACCAUAUAUGUACAACCAGUAUUAAACCAGGAACUAUAUAA